GGACAGAAUCAAUGGACCGCAUUGAUUCGAUCGCUCACUCCAUCCGCCUCCCAAGGCUCCCCCCCGACUUUGGGCUUCUUGUCUAGCCGUCAGUGGCCACAUUCAUGAUGCAGAGACUCUGCGCCCGCACGGCGCUGGCUGCCAGCAAGAGAAGCACGGUGGCAACAGCAACAGGUACAUGUCGGACUGCGGGCUUCCUGACCAUGACACCCUCACCUCGGCCCUUCCUGCGGCACCUCUCGGCCGGCGGUGGUGAUGGUGGUGCAGGUGCUACCUCGGCGACUCCGCUGCCGUUCCUAUCCCCCUCGCUGCUGCUGGCGGCGCGGUCCCCAUCAGCUGCGGCUGCGGCACCCUUGCUCCGGGGCCGCCGCUGCCUCUCGCUCUCCGGCCCCUGGCGCACUCGUUCUAGAGGACCAGGGCAGCAGCCUCACAAGGGCGCCCAUGACCAUGAUGAGGCUGUUGGUGCCCCGCGCCCCUCAUCUCCCUCGGCCUCAUCGGUCUCUCCACCACGGGGCCACCCUGCUGCGACCCAGAGCCAGGGAGCCGCCAGGCUGCCACCUGCUUCCCCGCCGGCCUUGGCGGCCCGGGAGAACAUCUACACGAUCCCAAACAUGCUCACGGCCUCGCGCCUGGUCGCCGCCCCCAUCAUCGGCUACGCCAUCCUGCACGACCAGCACGCCCUCGCCCUCGGCCUCUUUGCCUACGCCGGCCUGUCGGACCUGCUCGACGGCUGGAUCGCUCGCCGCUGGAACCUGGGCACCGUGGUCGGCACCAUCAUCGACCCCAUGGCCGACAAGACCCUCAUGCUGGUCCUGACGCUCAGCCUUGCCGCCAAGGGCGCCCUCCCGCGUGAGUUUUCCGACUUGUCACCUUGGAGUCUUACUUCUUGUUCCUUCUGAUUAUGACACCUCACCUACAUUCGUAUUACGGCCUGUCGUAACUCAAAACUUACACACCCUCCCCCAAGCUUGGCCUAUUUUGAUAUCCCCUCGUCAUUGGUUCCUUUAACCCACUUCCCUUUGCUUUUUUACUCCUUCUUUUCUUCUUCGGUUUUUCCUUUUGGUGCCCCCUCGUCGUGUUGUUGGUGACCCCUGUCGAGGACCCCUUGAUGGCUCAGGGCCAGCCGCGGAUUUGGCCGCCGGUCUGGUGCUUGGCCCGAUUAUCCUUGCCUUCCCAGGAUAUGAUGCAAACUAGAGGGGGGUCUUUAGUAGACCAUCCGCGCUAGCGCGGAGGACUCGUGCCAACCCAUUAUCCCAGAUGGUGUGCUCGGACCCUUGCCGACCCCUCGUUGAUUCUCGGCCGCCCCGAGCGCCCGUGUUCCCCUUGCCGCACCCCCCUCCUUCCUGCCUUGGUGCUGCAUACGGACCAAAUAGCAUCGCGGCUGACGCCAGACUAAAAUAACAAAAAAAAAACAACGUUGCAAUGUCCGCUGCUAGUCUGGCUUGUCGCCCUGAUAAUCGGCCGCGACGUCGGACUCGCCAUCGCGGCCAUCUACUACCGGUGGGUCUCGCUUCCGCCGCCAAAAACCUUUGGGCGCUACUGGGACUUCUCGCUGCCCUCAGCAGAGGUUAGGCCGACCACAAUCAGCAAGUACAACACGUUCCUGCAGCUAGGUCUGAUGGGCCUGACCGCUACCGCCCCUGUCCUGCCCUUGGACCUGUCGGCAUCCUUGACUGGCUUCCAAUACGUGGUCGCGGUGACGACGGUCUGGAGCGGAGCUAGUUACGUGUUCAGCAAGGACGCCGUCAAGAUCCUGUCUGACGCGAAGUCCGCAAGCACGAAGCGGCCACCUCUCUGAGAGGAAGGGAGAAAAGAGAAUAAUGGGUGUGGAGUGGCGCUAUUGCAGCCAUGCUAAAAUAGAGAAGAAAUGCACUGCACAACAGUAAAUAACAUAAUACACGGCAUGGACUUGG